GCCUGAAUCUCUGCGUUAGAGAGUCUGCUAUAUAUAUAUAUACUGAUUUUUAAAAAUAUAUAUUUUAUUCAUUUGUUUAGUUUAUUUAUUUAUUUUUAAAUAUAACUGGAACACUAUAUUAUAUACAAUUUUGGGGGCAUGAAACUUUGAAAUUACCAUUUCCCCCCCGUAAUAUCCAGCAGUGGGUCAACGAAAAUCAUAAAAAGACAAGACAAAACAAAACAACUUUUCUUCGUUCACUAUCACUGGUCAUGGCGUCUCGAUCAUAAGGAUUCAUGGACGCGAAACACCAAGUCAGAUGGGACAACAUUAUUUAAAGGGGUAAUGCCACAAGGACAAAACAUAUAAAACGGAUAAGCAAGUUAAGCGUCCUAUCGUCACAUAUUAAAAAAGCUUCACACUCUCUUGCCAACUGAACCCUAAAGGUCACCUGCAAAACUCAUCUUGUAUGAUCUCGCAGGGUCUGUUGAUGACACCCGAGUACCCAUUGUAUUUCCGUAUAUUUUCAAAGCACUUUAUUUAUAGAUCUGGGACAGCUGCAUAGCCCAGAAGAGAAUCUAUUAGAAAAUCACAUUAGAGGAAUGAUGUUAAAUUCGGAGCAGACGGAAAUCCCUGCACAUUCAGAGACUGAAUCUGUCUUCAGUGAUUGCGGUGGCAAUGGAAGUCUUAAUGAUUCAGGAGUUAUCAGCUUGUGCGGAGAAACACGGAUUUGUGACGGCAAUGAUGGGGUGAAACGAGAGCUUCAGCACUUAAGUCGUGAGGAAAGGCGUCGGCGGAGGAGAGCCACAGCCAAAUACCGUACAGCACAUGCAACUCGAGAGCGCAUCCGAGUGGAGGCAUUCAACUUGGCUUUUGCGGAACUCCGCAAGCUACUCCCAACUUUGCCACCAGACAAGAAACUGUCCAAAAUCGAGAUCCUUCGAUUGGCCAUUUGCUACAUCUCAUAUCUCAACCAUGUUCUAGAUGUGUGAGGCCUGAGAGGGGCGGUAAAUGGGAUUGAUUCUAAUCAGUUCCUUUUAAACUAAAGUGCUGCUUCUUUCAGCUAUGAACUAGAUCUUCUGGACAGUGAACAAUUACAGUGGGACUAAAUCUUUCUGUCGGUGACUUUUGUAGUCUCCCACCUAGAAUGUAAAGAUCCUGGUCCAUCAUAAACUGUCCAACUUGGCUGUUCCAAUGUUCUUCCAAGUCUGAUGAUGACCGGAAGAGACUUGCUUUCAUUGGAUUAAUUGGCACUUGUUGCAGUGAUAUAUUACUAAUUUAAUUCACCUAUUGUGACAUUCCCAAAUUCACUCCAUAAAAGCUUCAACAUUCCAUCACAAUUUAGACCCCAAGACCCCAAAGAGAACCCUACGGGAGUAUUUAGAGUUUGACUAGAGAAUUAACCCACUGCACAUGGUCUUCUCCUAAAUUAGAAGUAGGACCUAGUCAUGUCUAAAUUGCACUUCUACGUUAUAACAAAGUAUGGGAAUUACUACAACCGUAAGCGGCAAAGACUGGCAAAAUGUGCCUUCACCAACUGUAUUUCCCCUGCCCGCAGGAUGCCAUGAAGACCCUGGCACGUCUAUCAACCUCUGGACAGGUCCGAUGCACAAUCUACAUUGAGGAUUAUGUGACAAGCUAAUUAUAUCUAGAUUAACAAAGACAAAGUUUCAGACUGUAUCUACUUAACAGCUGAGGUUGUUAUUGUAUAGACUGUUGAUAACGAGGCUGGUUUUGUGUCUGGGUUGGCUAUUCGAUAUACCUGAGAUGGGUAACUCUGGCACUGCAGAUAUCUGUGAACUCUAUAUCUCAAAAUUCACGGGUCACAUACCUACAGUGGGACGGUUAGCCACCCCUGUACUGUACUGUUCUAAAUAUAAGAAACAACACAACAUAUUCUAUACCUGCAAUGCCCACCUUACAAUAUACUGUCUUUAAAAAGGCUUGCUAAGAAUGUUAAGUAUGCCUAAAAUGCCAUCUUAAUAACAAUGCCCUCACUGUGCCAAUAUAGCACCGUUUGAAUGAUUUUUAGGGUACAUCACUCUACCACACGGUUACGAGAUACAUCACUGUGUUCCCUCAUUAGGCGUGCCCUAAGUCCAGUGUCCAUGUUUAUUGUUAGUUAAAUAUUAAGGUACAUUACAGGGUACACAUACAUUCAAGAUGUUAUGGACGGUAGCUCCUAGUACUCUCAGCCAGAUAACAUAUUGCUCAAUGUGAUCGAAGUUAGUGUACAGAUCCUCAGGUGUCCAUAUUUAGACCAUUGCAUUAUCCGUAUGUACAACAGGAAACCUCGUCACCCUAGAUACUGCAGACUUUAAGUCCCGUGUCUGACUCAGAGUGAUGGGAAUUACAGUUCAUUGCAAUCCAGCAUUAGCAGUCAUGUUAGGGAACUAUUCACAGGGGAUAGAGUGUGUGUGUCUGUACGGUAGCACCUUAAGGUACAGUGCAGAGUAUCCCUCUGCACUCUACAUUGUAAUGAAGCGUCAUUGUGCUUGGCACUGUACAUGUGCUAUUCUGUAAUGAAUGCAGUACCAUAGCACCCUUUUAAACUAGCAGGAUUUCAAGAGUGAAUUGUAGGUUUAUUCUUCCUGUAUGAUCCAUAUGAAAGCCUCCAUUACUCAGCUUUUCUAAAACAUGUCCAGUAAAGACUUGGUCUCUAACCUCUUCAAUACCAUUAGCGUGGACCCAAUCCAUAAUCUUAAUGUAGAUAAACACAGUUGAAGGUGAUUGACACAUGAAAUGCUUGCAGUAAGUGGUUU